UAUCAACCAAGGUCAGCAAAUAUGGCGGCAAUUCCAGCUCUUAGUGUUCAAGAGCUUGUCAAACAGCCUAUCAUUACAAUCCCCCAACACUAUGUUCGUUUAGACCAGCAACCCCUCACCGUCCCUAACGGUGGCCGUCCCUUACCAACGAUCCCAAUCAUUGACAUGAAUCAACUGGUUUAUGGGAAAGAUUUUGAUCUUCAACUCCACAAGUUGCACUCCGCUUGCAAAGACGGGGGUUUCUUUCAGUUGGUGAACCAUGGGGUUGACAGUACCGUAAUGGAGAAGGUGAAACAGGAGGUUGAAGAAUUUUAUAAGCUUCCAUUGGAGGAGAAGAUGAAGUAUAAGAUAAGGGAAGGUGAGGUUGAAGGGUACGGAACUAUAGAGAGAGAGGACGGCAAAUUUGAUUGGGCUGAUAGGCUUUAUAUGAUCACUAACCCUAUUCUUCUACGAAAACCUCAUCUCUUCCCUGAGCUCCCUUCAUCCUUGAGAAAUACGUUGGAGUCUUACAUCUUGGAACUGCAAAACCUUGCGAUGAAGCUUCUGAGUUUAAUGGCUAAAGCUUUGGAAAUUGAUGAAAAAGAAAUGAUAGAAUAUUUCGAGGAUGGCAUGCAAUCGUUGAGGAUGACAUGCUAUCCUCCAUGCCCUCAACCGGAGUUGGUGACGGGCAUUACUCCCCACUCUGAUCCCACUAUCCUCACCUUUCUCCUCCAACUUAAUGGAGUCGACGGCCUCCACAUCAGCAAAGAUGGUUGUUGGUUCCCCGUUACCAUCCUUCCAAAUGCCCUCGUUGUCAAUAUCUUUAGCAAUGGGGUAUACCGCAGCAUUGAGCAUAGGGCAAUACCGAAUGCAGAGAAAGAAAGAAUCUCAGUAGCCUUUUUCAUAAAGCCUAAAAGAGAAGCAUACGUAGGGCCAUCGCCAAGUUUGAUAAAUCCUCAAAACCCUCCAUUGUAUAAAAGGGUUGGGAUGGAGCAAUACGUUAAAGAUUUCUUCUCUCGUAAGCUCAAUGGGAAAACAUAUCUGCAACAUAUGAGGAUCAAUAAUGAAUAAUGAAGAAGGCUAUCACUCUACUUGAUUUUACUUGAAAAUCAAAAACUAUAUAUACACACACAGCUUUAGUGUGGUGUGAUAAUAUUGGAGCUUUGGUGUUAUAUAUGUAUGAGACGUGAGCCCUGAGCUCAACUGCUUCUAUCUGCAGGGAUUUGUGUUCGUAUAGCAUAAUGAAUAAAAGGUGUAAAACGUAUGUGUUUGUGUCUA